AUGACCGCACACGCACAGAGCUCCAGCUGGCCGGAGUACCCCGAGGAUUUCAGCCUGGCCCACAUCAACUCCAAAAGUUGGAUGGCUUCAAGCGCAGUCCGCGCGUACUCGCGGAGGGACGCGCACGGAGCCACAGACGCAGGUAUCUCACUGGAGAGAUUCGUGCAAAUGUCGAGUGAGGAUCCCGAGUGCGUGUCGUCCGCAGAGACGGACUGCGAGAGGGAGGCGGAGGGAGGCCAGAGGAGCCACUGCGGCCCCGUGAAGCACCGGCGCGUCGCAGCCAACGCCAGGGAGAGGAGGAGGAUGCACGGCCUGAACAAAGCGUUCGACGAGCUGAGGAGCGUCAUCCCGUCGGUGGAGAACGAGAGGAAGCUGUCCAAGUACGACACCCUGCAAAUGGCGCAGAUCUACAUCACGGAGCUGUCGGACCUCCUGGUCGGCGUGGUCCAGACGGAGUGCAUGAGUCCGUGUCAAGGCUCGGCGGACAAGGCCUCCAUGAGGAGUCACACCGCCUCCCUGGGUCACCUCAUCAUACUGGGAGCACCAUCCGAGCGGGGGUCAAACCAAUCCACAACCUCGUUCAGUGAUGGAGAGUCCUCACACCUCAGUGACAUGGAGGAAAGUCAGAGUGGGAGACAGUGA